AUGCUGGAGCCCGGACGUAUAGUUGUAUUUUUUUCUGCUGUGACAUUGAUCAUAUUAAGAAUCUUCAUUUAUUACUGGGACACACCGAUUGUUAAAGCCAAUAACCGGACUGUGAGCGUAAUCCUCCUGGCCUCCAUCUUGUUGAACUUCCUCAGUGUCCUCUUAUUCCUUGGUCGUCCAGUUGACAUAACCUGCCUACUGAGACAAACAUCAUUUGGCGUCUUCUUCUCUAUCGGUGUCUCUUCUGUUCUGGCCAAAACUAUCAAAGUUUGCAUUGCCUUCAAAGCCACCAAACCUGGAAGUAUCUGGGUGAAGUGGAUCUCAUUCAAUGUGUCAAAUUAUGUGGUCUUGGUGUGUUCUUCUAUACAAGUUCUCAUUUGUGUUAUGUGGUUGUUGAUGUCUCCUCCUUAUGUAGAGUUUGAUCAUCACUCUUAUCCUGGGAAGAUCAUCGUUCAGUGUAAUGAAGGCUCGGUCAUCGCCUUCUACUCCAUGUUGGGUUAUAUGGGGUUCCUGGCAGCUGUGAGCUUUGUUCUAGCUUUCAUGGUGAGGACAUUACCGGACAAUUUUAAUGAAGCCAAGUACAUCACCUUUAGCAUGUUGUUGUUCUGCAGUGUCUGGAUCGCCAUGAUACCAGCCUAUCUGAGCACUAAAGGGAAGUACAUGGUGGCUGUGGAGAUAUUUGCCAUAUUGACCUCAUGUUCUGGCAUUCUUGGUUGGCCGGAAGCCUUCCCAAUAGCCAAAGCAAAUGCCAAGAAUACGGCAAAGAAACUGGUCAAUAAACUGAUAUGCAGAUCCAGUCGAAAGGUUGAAGAAAAACCCAACUGGAUACACGCUUCUCACUGCAAGAAAGUCUUGGAACCACAGGAUGAAGGUCCUUCUGCAGACAGUGGCUCUGACCAUGAGCGUGUCAGCAGUGUUUUGUCCACUGAAGGAUGA